CUUGAAGGGGUGGGACGUCGUUGGCAGCUCUUCUAUGGUGGUCUCUGGUGCUCGGUCUGGCUGUUCGUCUUUUGCCAUCGUUGGGGUCGUCCCCAAUCAGGGCACAUCGUGACAGCAUACUUGUUCAUCCUCAGCUAUGCGUCCACCUGGGCACCGGGUAUCUAG